AUGGAAGUCGGCGUGGCAUACUUCACAUUCGGCUUCCUCUUGAGUGUCAUACUCUGUCACAUUGUUGUCCGGUAUCAAGUAAAUGAUGUGGAGUAUGCAACAAGCCUGAUGUGUUUCGGAAUCGGACAAGUCAUCUGCUUGUUCCUGAGCCAGUAUGUGACGGAGUUGGCUCACAAGAAAUGGUUGCUGCCCACAUGUUUAGUACUCAUAUCUUUCCUACUCAUCAAUGACAUUACUGGAGGGCUAGUACUGGGUCUGCUCCGGCCCGGAAGAGGUCCUAGCUCCCCGGCAUCAAAAACAGCCAGUUCGCCAGUUGACUCGUCACCCGGAACAAGUGGAUUAUCAAUACCUUCUUGGCUGGAAGGUUGGUGGAGCAGUGAGAAGUGGUGGGGACCGCCGACGCUUAUAUUGAACGACGACGAUCCGGUGACGCCACACAUCUUUUCUCUGCUCAUGGGCAUGCUGUUCAGUUCGUGUCGAUCUGCAUUGAGCUUGCUAGUCAGGGACUCUGAGCGAAUACGUCACCAGAAAAGGUCGGAGUUGUGUCUACUGUUAUGCGCUGUCGGGAUGACCUGUGGUAGCGUUCUUUAUCGCCUACCACUUGGCGUCCAGAUUGUAUUUUUAGUAGUGGCGAGUGCCGCUGGUGGCACUGCGGCAGUGAUAGCCAGGCUAAGAUACCAAACUCCGUGGAUUCCUUCAGCUCGUCAUUCCUUAUGGCUGGAUCUGUCUGACCGCCAGCGGUGCGGCUCCGACGGCGACUCUUCGACGAACUCAUCCACUGAACAGAGUGACGACGACGAGCAGUCAACGGAAUCGGACACGCCCAAGUCGGGCACGCCUAAGCGCAGAGCCGUCAAGUUCCCGCCCAUCCAAUCCAGGUCGAUUCAGAUUUGCAAGUCGGUCUGGGAGACGUACACCAAGGCAAGAGGGACUCCGCGAUUCAAGAUUAGCUCCUUAGCAGCAGCAGCGUGUGCGAUGCUUCUGUCCUUUCUGCUGUGGGCCCCAAGGCUGCAACCCGGCACAAGACCGGAGCUCGUUGUGGCCGAGGCAUCCGGGUGUCUGGUUAUAGCGCGGGUGUCAUUUAUAUUCCUCCGGCGAUUCCUCCGGAAUCGGCCGUAUACGCCUUGGCACCAAUUGCCGUCGGAGGACCAGCUAGCACUUGGCGUGGGACUAACAGCGUUCGGCAUCGUGGCGUUCACCAUGGCGCCCAACUCUAUAUUAAUUUCCUGGACCAGCAUGAUGGUAACUUGUGCUGGAGUGAGCGAGAUGGAAUUGCUUGCUCACCGUCGUGGCUGGUACCGCGCGCCGCCGUCAUGGUUUGCAUCUUUCGAGUCUGCGGCCCUCGUAAUGCUUCCACCGGUGGUCGGUACAUUGGCCAAGAUCUGUACGCUGCAGGUGGCCUGUGUGCUGCUCGCGCUGCCUCCGUUGUUGACCACCGUGAUUACCGUCAUAGGUCAUUACAUCAUGAACUCACUCGAUCAGAGCUCGAUGUAUGUGCCCGGUGGUCGGUACAACGGCGGUCGUUGCACUGGUUCGAAUCCCAGCAGUGUUUACCACGACUUGGAAAGUUUUUCGGGCCCUGAUACAAUUAGUUUUACCUCCCCUAAUGAAUGA